GUGAUAUAUUCCUGGACAAGAGCAAUGAGAUCAGCCCAAUACAAACUAAAAACAUAUACAGUUUAUUUGGCCAUCAAACUUACUACAGAGUGGUGAAGACAGAUGACUCCUAUUCUCAACACCUGUGAUAUCAACGGGACGCACAUUUGUAGCAGCGGUCCAAAGGAAAGACAAUCAACAGAAUGGACAAUACAAUUCCAGUAUCGCGCGGGAAUGUCAACCCAGUUGUGUUUUUCGACAUAGCAUUAGGAGGUACGUCUAGCAAAAUCUGGAAUAUUUUCAACUAGAGGUGAACUGUGAGCACUAUUCACAUCGAGUGGCAUUAUCAACGAGCAAGGUUCUAUUUAGGAUGCUUUCAGAUGAAGAAAGUGCAAUGUUAUCAGGAUUUAGAUGUUGAGAUAUUAGCUGAACUGGUUAUUUCUAUAUCAGGCGAGCCUCUUGGGCGUAUUAAAAUGGAGCUCUUUGCCAAUACUACGCCUCGAACAGCAGAAAACUUCCGCCAAUUCUGCACAGGGGAAAGUAGAAAUGCUCAAGGACGGCCACAAGGCUACAAAAACAGCAAGUUCCAUAGAGUGAUUAAAGAUUUCAUGAUACAGGGUGGUGAUUUUGUCAAUGGUGAUGGUACAGGCUCGUGUACCAUCUAUGGUACGUCGCGAUUUGCAGACGAGAAUUUCACUCUAAACCAUGAUAAUCCCGGUCUGUUGAGCAUGGCAAACGCUGGUCCAAACACAAAUGGUAGCCAAUUCUUCAUUACAACAACGCCAACCCCGUUUCUAAACGGGAAGCAUGUGGUUUUUGGCCAAGUAGUACAGGGCAUGGACAUCGUGAAGAUGAUUGAGAAUACUCGAACAACUAGGGAUAAGCCCAACCAAGACGUCGUGAUUAUACAAUGUGGGGAAAUGUGAUAAGAAUGAAUUUGUCAUGAAAAAUUGAGAAUUAUCUCCACUCCCCCAAAACAAUUCAGAAAGGGGAAAUAACCAAUGAAUCGAUCAGUCGAAAAGCAAGAUGUGUUUUUAGUGGUAUUUAGAUC